AUGCGUCCGGUAAUCCCAAAACGCGGAGAGAAAGAUUUUGAGCCCGCUGCAGGAGGGGGUUCAGGUCUUCAAGUCCAUGUGUUGGACCGAGCACGCGCUGCGAUGUUUGACGCCCUCAAAGCUGAUCGCGCCAUAUCUAGUAAAUCUGCCAGCUAUGGCAUCUGGUGCCCGCAAAUAUCUCGCGUUCAUGUCACCAUUGCCAGAGGUAUUCACUUUUCUGUCAUGGGCCAUUCAGCAGCACGGUCCACAUCAAUUGAUAACGGUUCAACGAAGCUGCAGAAGAGACUAGAGUUACUGCCCGAAGAGGCGCUUUAUCUAAUUGAAAGGGGCGCUCUGUUCUGUUGGAUGGAUAUUCAAACGGAUUUGACUGGCUUGGAUGACAUUGAAGGUGCUCCGAUGUCUGUUCAACAGGCUUUUGCAGAAAUAAUUGGGAAGGAAGACCUGACGCUCGAAAAAUAUCAGGUCUUUGCAUACUUGAGGCGCUUGGGCUAUGUCAUCACCCGCGCAGAUCCACCCAGCCCUAGUUAUCCAGUACCCCCACCUCGCCUAGGGAGUGACGGAGCACCUCUGUCAUUCUACCAAAGAUUAUCAUCAAUUUUUUCGCUGUUUACGACGAGUGUUUUGAGAUUUUGGAGGGGGUCGUUUAAUUGGUGGAGACCGCUCAGGAUAAGUCGGUGGAUACAUCACGAUAAAUCAUAUGGCAAGGUCUUCAAGUCUCUGCGAGUCAUACCUGCAGGUCACUCAGUUGCGCCUUAUUCCAGUCGUGCGACUCCUGUCGCACCCUCCUCCCCAUACAAGAUAUUCUACAACAUGUACAAGCCCUCGACCAACUUCCGGAAAACUGCUCCCCCGCAACCUGAUUUCCAAAUCGUUGUUAUCAACGCGCGAACCGCUUUUGUGCCCUCUCUGUACGAAUUAACGGAGCUAUUCAACGUUCUUCCGGAAAUCCCCCCGCCUCUCCCACGAAAGCGCGGAGCACCAUCGAUAGUCCAACCAUCCCCUGCAACAGUCGCAUCGCCCGUCCACACAUCAACAUUCAGACAUAUUUUCUCGUGGUUGUUGCCGUCGUCGACGCCACAGCCUGUGUCAUCUCAACCACGGCCGCAUCCAUUUGCAGCACUCAAGGCUGGCAAAAAGAACAUAGUCAUCGCGUCUGUAGACUCGGGCAAUAUCAGUUUCUUUCGAUUCAGUCAAGGCGCUUUUGAAGAGUGGCCGACUCUCUAG